AUGGCGGGUGGACGUCGCACUGGACGGGGUGGUGGCAAGGCUGGUGGGAAGGUUAAUGGUACCGCUGGAAAUUCCCCUCUGUCAAGCAUGGAACACUCUUCUGAGAAGAGUCCACUGAUGUCGGCACAAACCUCCCCUCAAGCUCUCCCCAAGACGGCGGUCGAUGUGCUGGGAGACGUGGCGAAGAUCUCCUUGCAGGAUCGGCUGUCUGCUCUGAAGGACAACGGGCUUAUGGACAACGAAGAAGGGAAUGAGUCUCAGCAUCAGCAGCCGGGCCCAUUUGUCGCUGAGUUGUCUGAUCGUCAGCCGGCACCUGUGACGGAGGCAGCGGGAUGCAGCAAGUACGUGGAUGAGGACGAAUGCUGGGACAUUGAUGACGACGAUGACUUCGACCCGGCUGCGGCUGACAGCGUGCCUACGAGCGUACACACGGGAGGAAAAGAAGAGGUCGGGGCGACAAAAAGGCACCUGCAGAAGGAGGUGAAGAUCUUCAGACAGCGGCUGUCGCAAAACCCGAACUGUAAGCGAACGGGUAGAAUCCUGCUCAAGAAAGAGGAGCUGCUCGACGCAUAUGAAAAAAGCCACCAAGAGAACCUGCAGGAGUGGCUCGGGGUGAAAGCAGAGCUGGAUGGGGAGACGACAACCGGUUUCCUUUCCGGGAAGGUGAAAGUGCGUAAGGCCAAGACAGAAAUGUCAGCGGUUCAUUUCAAGGGGAAAACUCACUCGGGUGCGAGGGAGGUGCUUGUGGCGGCGACAGAAUCUUUCAAAGACUCUUUCGGCGGACGCGGGGAGACAGGCUCAAAUGUGACGGAGCUGAGAGUUAUGAGCCGGACGCUUUGCGACGCUAGCCGUAGUGCACUCAGUGCACCAUGGUCGGAGGAGGAAGUUCGGGCGGCGGUGCGUGAGCUAGCCCCAGAGAAGUCUCCCGAGCAGGAUGGCCUUCCCAAGGAGCUGUUUGAGCACAACUGGGACCUGCUUGGCCCAGUGCUGAUGAAGUUCGUUGGCGAUUUCACGCGAACGGCGGAGCUUCCCCGUGAAAUCUCAACCGCGGUCACGAUCCUGUUGCAUAAGAAGGGGGGCAAGGAGGAGUUAGUUAAUUACAGGACAAUCACGCUGCUAAGCACGGUCUACAAGGUGGGGUUUUUACCUGGUCGAAAACUGGCGGACGCUGUCGCGGUGGUAGCGGAUGCGAUCGAGGCUGGGGCCAGCGGCGGAAAGGAUUGGUUCUUUCUUAUGGUCGAUUUCCAGAAGGCCUUCGACUCCAUCUCGAGGCCCUUCCUCUUCCGCACGUUACGAGGGAUGGGAGUUCCGGAGAACUUUGUGUCUUGGGCGGAAGGCCUGCACACAGGAGCAGGAACGAGGCUGCACAUCAACGGGUGGACAGGCGACAGAGUUGCGGUGGAGAGGGGAGUGCGGCAAGGCUGCCCGCUGGCGCCGUACCUUUUUUUAUGUGCGGUGGAGCCGCUCUGCCAGGAGUUUGCACAGCGGAGGCUGGGAAUCGGCGACGGAGGGGCGGAAAGGCUGGCGUAUCUGGGAUACGCUGACGACACAUCGCUUCUGCUGCACGGGGAAGAGCAGCUGGCAGCCGCAGCUGAGGCGUUGGAAAAUUUCGGGGAGGCAUCGGGGCUGAAAGUAAACAAGGAUAAGACGGUGGUCUUUCCGCUCGGGAAGAACAGAGUGAAACUCCCGCCAGCGGGCCUGCAAUACGAAUGGGCUGACGAGAAUGCACCGGAGAGGUUGUUGGGUGUCUGGAUCACUGCGAACGGUGACCCACUCCCGUCCUGGGAAAAGAGUUAG